AUGAACAAACUCAAGAAAAUGGCUCUUCGAGUUAUUGCUGAGAAUCUUUCUGAAGAAGAAAUAUCUGGGUUGAAAGAAUUGUUUAAGAUGAUAGACACUGACAACACCGGUCAAAUUACUUUCGAAAAACUCAAGGCUGGACUGAAAAUGUUCGGCGCCAAUCUCAAUGAAUUUGAGAUUUUUGAUCUAUUGAAUGCUGCAGAUGUAGAUAAUAGUGGCACAAUUGACUAUGGAGAAUUCAUAGCUGCAACAUUGCAUUUGAACAAAGUUGGUAGGGAAGAUAAUUUAGUUACAGCUUUCUCAUAUUUUGAUAAAGAUGGAAGUGGUUACAUCACUCAAGAUGAGCUUCAAAAAGUUUGUAAAGAAUUCAGCAUGAAAGAUGUCGACUUAGAGGAAAUGAUCCAAGAAGCUGAUCAUAAUAAUGAUGGACAAAUAGACUACAACGAAUUUGUUGUUAUGAUGCUGAGAGGCAAUACAGAUUUAGGCAACAGUGGUUCAAAGUGUAGAAGCACUAGCUUUAACAUUGGAUUGAAUGGUGGUGUUUAUAAUUGA